UAUAUAAUAAUUUUCAAUUCAACCGUUUCUCCGUGUUGAACUCUAGGCCUUUUUAAUCUAUGCCUUCAUUUCUCAGAUUCUUCUAAAGAAAAAUUUCGCUUUUCUCUCUACUUCAAAACUUUUGAUAAUCUUCUUUAAACUUUCUUCUUCGAUCUCUCUUUGUUAACUUUCUUUCGUUACGUCUCUCUCGUUCUCGUUAUUUCUUAUUCUCAGAUCUUGGAUUCACGACCAUCUCGAUCGUUGACCGUCGAAUUUGGGUUCGGCUAAAAAUCCAAUCUUUUUUUUUCCGGUGAGAAGCUCGAGAGAGUAUAUAAUUUAAUAAAGGGUACGUACGAUUUUGGUUGAGUGUUUUGAUGAUGUUGACCCAAUUUGUUGGGGUGUGAAGUAUACUUAUGGAACUGAUUGUCACAAUACAAGAAGAACAACAUCAUCAACAAACAAGAAUAAUAAGAUGACACUUUAUAUUCGUCGUGAAUCUUCCAAGCUAUGGAAGAGAUUUUGCUCUGAGAUAUCGACGGAGAUUGGUCUUCUUGCUGAGAACUGGAAAUAUCUUCUCGCUGGUCUUAUCUGUCAGUACAUUCAUGGUUUAGCUGCUAAAGGAGUUCAUUAUAUUCAUCGCCCGGGACCGACACUUCAGGAUCUUGGCUUCUUUCUUCUUCCGGAGCUUGGUCAAGAGAGAAGCUACAUAAGUGAAACCGUGUUCACUAGUGUGUUUCUUUCGUUUUUCCUGUGGACUUUCCAUCCAUUCAUUCUGAAAACCAAAAAGAUAUACACCGUUUUGAUAUGGUGCAGAGUUCUAGCAUUCUUAGUUGCCUGCCAGUUUCUCCGUGUUAUAACUUUCUAUUCAACUCAGCUUCCUGGCCCUAACUAUCACUGCCGUGAGGGCUCUAAAGUUUCUAGGUUGCCAUGGCCCAAAAGCGCUCUUGAGGUUCUCGAGAUUAACCCUCAUGGGGUGAUGUAUGGAUGCGGAGACCUGAUUUUCUCAUCGCACAUGAUAUUCACUCUAGUCUUUGUCCGUACUUACCAGAAAUAUGGCACUAAAAGGUUCAUAAAGCUGUUUGGGUGGCUCACUGCAAUUGUGCAGAGCCUCUUGAUCAUUGCCUCUCGUAAACAUUACAGUGUCGAUGUAGUUGUUGCAUGGUAUACUGUGAAUUUGGUGGUGUUCUGUCUAGACAAGAAAUUACCAGAAUUACCAGAUCGGACUGCUGUGUUGCUCCCAGUAAUCUCAAAAGACAGAACAAAAGAAGAGAACCACAAGCUGUUGAAUGGAAACGGUGUUGACCCUGCUGAUUGGAGACCGAGGGCUCAGGUGAACGGGAAGAUUGACAGCAACGGAGUUCACACGGAUAACACAAUGAAUGGCGCGUGAAAAGAUCUAAUUAUAUGAAAAGAUGGACAGCAACAGUGUGUAGUUUUUAUCUGCUGUGAUGAAGAAAAUAUCACAAUUCUUGGCUUAAGAUUUCCUUGUAAGCAUUUUUUGUUAUAGACUUUACAACAGUAGUCAUGGAUAUUGUUAGCCCGUGCCACUCCGGUUUUCUGGAAUUGGCAACCCACAAAUGAUUGUCGUCUGUGAUAUUAAUAUAUAUACCCAACUAUAUUGUGGAAAAAAAAAACAAAUACCCAACUAUAUAAAAUAUAUCAUGAUUACAUGACUAUAUAAAAAUCAUCAUCAACUUGCUAGAACUCGAAUUACAUGGGUAAAGGUCCUGUUAUUUUGAGUCAUUAAGUAGACAAGAAUUGGUGUUUCUUUUGUUCUAGUAGAUCAAGUCUCAAUUGUAUUCGGAUCUUGAGUUAUGCGGUGUUGUUUUUCCAGCACGGGAGAGGAGGAGGUUAUGGGUUGGUUUUAUAACGAUUCAAGAGUGCGGAGGUGACUAGCUGAGUUUCGAGGAGUCUCGGGAAAAGGGAAGACGAACAAGAAUGUUGUUAGCCUUCUUUACAGUGGUAGAAACCUCUAUGAUUUGUUUCGUUGACCAAAUUCUUUUGCCUCACUCAUUGUAUGAUCAAAGAAAGUGAAAUUUUGUACCCAUAAUU